AUGCAUAUUUUCAGCUUUGUCCUUUUGGCCAUGAUGGUCACAAAGAGCAGUCAACUACAAUUAAGUGAUUGUGAAUUGAAUUUAAGACGCCCAGCAUACACUGACAUCUCAGUAACUUGUGGCACCAAAUCUAUUGGCCUUGCUAUCCUCAUCUGCCCUGCCAUUUACACUGGCUACAAUGAGUCCCUGCUUAUCCUCAACAACAUCAUGAAUGACCCAGCCUGCAAGGGAACCGUGGAUAGCAGUGUCACUCCACCGCUCUUGAGGUUUGAAUUAUCCCUCAACACGACCAAUUCUUGUGGCAGCCUCUUCAAGACAACCAGCGCUCCAGGCACAGGGAUAUUUUCGGACUUCUCCAACAUCCAGACGGUCAACAUCAGCGGUGUGGUCCGAUCAUAUGACCUCACCACGGGGACAGUCACCUACAAAACUGAGCUAAAGUAUUAUUACUCCUGUGCCUAUCCCCUAGAGUACCUGAUCAACAACACCCUGAUCGAUGUGUCAGCCUCCUCCAUUGCAGUGAAGGACAACAAUGGUAGUUUCAUCAGCACUUUGAGACUUGAACUCUUCAGUGAUGUCAACUACACUACUCCCAUGGUCAUUCCUAAACUGGGUAUUGAGCUGAGAACCAAAGUCUAUGCGCAAGUCAAGGCAACCAACCUGACCACCCAGUACAAUGUGCUCCUUGACCGAUGCUACGCCUCCAUUUCUCCUAUACCCACUAACUCCACUUUCUUCAACCUGUUUGUCCCCUGCAACAAGGACCAGAUGACCACCAUGCAUGAGAACGGGAUUAGUCAUAGUGCCCGCUUCUCCUUCCCGGCCUUCCGCUUCAUCGAGCAGCAGAAUGAGACCGUGUCCACCUACUUCCUCCACUGCAUCACCCGUCUCUGUGAGAAGAGCACCUGCAAUACGUUCAUGCAAUGUAACAAAAGGAGGAGAAGGAGUGUUGUUCCUGCUACCGAAGAUGGAGUGACAGAGUACAAAACCCUCACCUCCCCUCCCAUUACCACCAAAGCAGAGAGCAUUGUAGCUUCAAAAGAACAACUCAUGGGCAGCAACAACUCUAACUCCACUUCAGGUCUUGGGGUGACAGUGGGCUUCCUGGCCUUCGCCUGCAUCAUCGCCAUUGUGAUAGCAGCAGUCUUCUACAAGAGGCUCAACCAUUAA